AUGGCUAGUGCCUGUAAAGGUUUGCCACUUGCCAUUGUUGUGUUAGCAGGUAUGGUUGCCAAAAAAGAGAGGUCACCAAGAGAAUGGCAUAAAAUCAAGAAUCAUGUUUCUCGGUAUCUUGCUCAAGAGGAUGAAUAUCGAAUUGAUAUUCUGAAGCUUAGCUAUUCUGAAGGGUUCAUUCAGAAAAAAGAAGUUGGAGCAUCGAAUUCACCAGAAGUAGAAGAUAUUGCCGACAUGUAUUUAGAUAAGCUGGUGGAACGGAGUUUGGUGCAAGUUGCAAGUAGGAGAACUGAUGGGGGUGUGAAGACAUGUAGAGUCCAUGAUCUUCUCCGAGACCUCUGCAUUUCAGAGAGCAGAGAAAAUAAGUUUAUGGAAGUGUGUACGACAUUAGAUGCUAACAAGUGUAAUCCCCGUAGGAUGUCUCUCCAGUAUAGAAGAAAACUGAGGCUAACCAAAGAUAACCAAUCAUCUGCACGCUCUCUACUUCUGUUUGGGGAAAGCACUAUCUGGUGGAAUAAAUCAGAAGGGUGGAAACAGAUAGAGAAUGGUUUCAAGUUGGCUCGUGUAUUGCAUAUGAACCUAGUGGAGCUACAUUCACAACCUAGUGGAUUGAAGUCAUUGAUCCAUCUAAGCUCUACCAAGCAAAAUAUGGAAGCUGGAGUCAUUGAGGCGUAUUUAUUUUCGCAACUGUAUGCAAAGUGGGAUUGUACUGGAGUAUCAAUGUCGAGUGUAGAAAAUGGGGAAACAAGUAUGGAGAAUCUCCAGACUCUGGGUUUCAUUCAUCUUGAUUCACAACUAGCAAGUGUCCUUAACAAGGGCAUGUUUCCCAACUUGACAAAACUAAGUUUAUGGCAACAUCUAAAUAAGUCAGAUGAUGAAAUAUUAGAGAAGAUUUUGCAGUGCCUAAACAAACUCCGCACGCUAAAGGUACAUAACAUCAGUAGGCUUCCAUUAGAUCCGAAUGUGUAUCCCAGGAGUCUCUCCAAGAUUACCAUAAGACGGCACUGCGAAAUGGACUCAAGAUUGAUCAAGACUCUGGGACAGCUUGUCAACCUGCAAAUCUUGAAUCUAGAGUUAGCAAGCAUGCAUUACAAUGUUAAUUGCGCAGCUGGGGACUUCCAACAGCUUCAAGUGCUACGUGUGAAACUGUACAAGAGGCUCCCUGGCAGGUGGAAAAUAGAAGGAGGAGGAAUGCCACAUAUUCCAUAUUGCGACCCUGAAAACCUGCUCAACCGUGAUCAAGACGGAAGUUAUAUUCAUCAUCUAGAGUCAUUAAUUUUUCUAUGCUCCUGUUUGUUUCCAGAUUAUAGUUCAUUAUUUUUCAUUACUAAUAGUGUGUGA